AUGGAUGCAAUAACUACUGCUAUAUCGAAUAAACGUCGUACAACACCAACAACAGUUAAUUCUAAUGACUUAUUAACUCGCUGUUUCGAUAAACCACAACCGAAACCUAUAGCAACUCCAACACCAGUAACGGAAUUGGAUAAUUAUAUGGCAUUAGACGAAAUAAUUGACGAAACUGAAGACGUUCUUUUAUUUUGGAAACGUCAUGCACAAUCAUUUCCUACAUUAUCUAUAAUCGUACGCGAUCUUUUUUCAAUUUCCAGCUUCAAACACCAUCGUUGAAAGGUUAUUUUCUGCGUCGAAAAACAUUGUAACUGAUCGAAGAUCAAGUAUAGGUGAAGCGAA